GUUUGACUGGUUUGACGUUUGAACCCAGGAACUUUCUGCAUUUUGCAGUUUCUGUGGAAAGAACGGAAAAUAUCAAGAGAAAACAACAAACAUUAUGUGCUGUGUUCUCGUAUGAUCGGAAAUAGUUGUGCAUGCUAGUUUUAAGAAUUGAAACCUGAACGUUAAAUCAUUAAAAUUGAAGAUAUUCGCAGAAGAACAAGGUGCCCCUUUCGGAACGAUAAUUCCAGGGUGAUGAUGGAUCAUCUUCAUUUAGGUUGCACUCGUCAAAAUUUCAUGAUAGCAAGCUGAUUGGUCUGUCAAGCAAUGUACGAGUGUAGGCAAAACAAUCAAAAAUGGUCCUGCCUCCGAACAUUAAAAUCCUUGAAGGAAAAAACGUCACACUCUAUAACUGCACAACCUGCAAAAAAACCUUCAAAAGCAGAGAUCAUUGUCGUUACCAUCAGUACUGCCUCUCUACAGGAUUAAAACCUUUUUCAUGCUCUACCUGUGAUAAAAAGUUUUCCAAAAAGAGUCACCUUACCUACCAUGAACUUUCUCAUACAGGUGAAUUACCCUUUAAGUGCGAUCUGUGUGAGAAAGGCUUUCGAACAAACCAAAAGCUCCAGAGGCAUAAGGCAUCACACUUGGGUAAGAAACUUGUUUCGUGCUACAUUUGUGACAAGCAGCUAUCAAACCAAGAUGGAUUGAGAGUUCAUCUACGAACACACUCAGAAAGUAGACCUUUUAAGUGUGAUUUAUGUGAUGCUACCUUUAAGGAGAGGAAUGGACUGACCAAACACAAGGCAACUCACUCAGAUGUGAAAAAUUGGGUCUGUGAAGUAUGUGGCAAAAAAUUUACCAUCCGGUGGAACCUGCUACAGCACAAGCGCACAGCCCAUGCAUCCUCUUCCGUUUCUCGGCCAUUCUCAUGCGAAAUUUGUCAUCAAGAUUUUCUGACUCGAUUUCAUUUGAAGCGUCAUAUGAAGCGGCGUCUUGCACAUGCAGAGUAUUUGGAAGAAUACUCUUGCAAAAUAUGUGAUAAAGUGUUCACGCGGAAAGAUAAUCUGAGUCGUCAUGUAAAGAACUCACACUUUGAGGAUGAGGAUCCUAGAUCAGAAACCGUUAACAACUGCAUCAGGGAGUCCAAACAAAAGGUCGUCCGCAAAAUCAAGAAAAUCAGUGCUGUAAUGCUAGAAAAUACAAAUAGAUCAUCUGUGAUAAAAUCUGUGGCAUCUGUCGUGGGAAUGGCUGAAACGAGUCUUAAUAAUUGUGAGAAAGUAGAUCCUUGUCCUCCCUCUGCUAGUCAAGAAAAAACCGCCUAUGAUACCAAAGAAAUUCUAAAACCAGGAAAUUCGCAAGUCAAAGAUGGAUCUACCUGCAGAGAAAGUUUCCGCACUGUAUCAGUUAUUAGUCGCAUCAGUCGUUCUUCUGAUGAUGCAGAAGUUUACAGGAUUUCACCUUAUUCAAAUGAGAGACUGGAGUCUGAUGAAAAUUUUUCCGGUGGCCUGGUUAGAAAAUCAUCGCAAGGAGACUGUCCGAAAUCCCAGGGAUCUGAUGUUUGUGAAGGAGAUGAAGCUUGUCUUCAUGAAGAACCGAAAACAGCGCACAAAUUAGAGUCUUUUCGAAUACUCGAUCAGCCCAGUUCAGCACUUAAUCUCUCAGCAAAGAAAGCAACCUAUUGUUUCAAAAAGUGUAUGUACGAUGCAAGGAAAAGUGUCGAGAAUUUUUUAGAAGUCUGUAAGAAAAGAGAAAGAGAACAGUCAACUAGAGUUCUCCGAACUCCACCUGACUCUGAGAAAUCAAGAUUUUCUGGGAGCCAUCUUGAGUGCGUAGACUUGAAUAAUCAUGCUGUGAAGGAAAGAGAAUGUAAUGACUUCGUAGAUCCAAGAGUCAUCGCGACAGCAGAGGCGCUCCAAUCUUAUGGAACAGUCGUUGAGUUGGUGGAUGAUGAUAUGAGAAUAAAGCCUUACUACUCCACCUCUUCUUCGAGUUAUAUUGAACAGGAUACUUCAUUAAAUUAUAGUAAGAUUGAAGAAUUACAAUAUGCAUACUAUACUCCUUGCCCUCAAGCUCCAAGUCCUGGAAAAAAGUACGCUGUAAGUAAUUUUUGCGGCAGCUUUUCGAAUGGGAGUACUGUGUUGGUCAAAGAACAAGAGUCAAAUGUCAUUACAACCCAAACAAAUCCUGUCCCAGUUAUUAGUAGUAAAGAGCUAGAUGUCUCCUAUUCAAAUGAAAUUAAUUCUUGCACUUGUAGAGAUUGUUCAAGGCCAGAGAGCCCGACGUUAGCUGAUGAUCCAUACAUUCCAUCUACCUCCGAUUCGCUUGACCUGUCAGUUAGGAGGCAUAUGCUAUCCUGACUGUAACGUUUAAGAGUCUUUUACCAAGAAACUUAGUUGUCUGAGUCCAGCAUGUCUAGAUAAAGGAGCAUACUACAGAAUGAAAAUGAAACACAGUAACAGAAAA